AUGAACAAUUAUCUGAGCAGAUCUGGCGAUUCUCUCCUUCCUGCUGUGGAGGUCACGCAGCCCGUUGCUACACUAGAUGACGGCCAUUGGACAAAGCCUUACUUUGACUGUGGAGGGGGAAAUGUGUGGAUGGUGACGUAUUCAUCUCCGAUAUUUGGACUAGGACCAGACAAAAAGUCCGUUGUUUUCAGGGGCGUGGCAACUAUUGACGUAGAACUCACUAACGUUGACGUAAAUCAGUGUGACGUUGAUACAAUCUCGACAAAGAAGGGAAUGUUUGACAUCUUUAGAGGAACUCAUCUCUGUCAACCUUCCACUACAUGUGUUUUCACUCCUGGUCAUGGGUUUGGUCGAGGAGCCUACAUCUGUACAUGCGCCAAAGGAUAUUAUUUUCCAUCUAUAAAAGCCGAAGAGAAGUUCUACAAUGGUUCCGACAUUGAAAACACUUCCAGUAACAAUAUGACGUCACUUUCGCAGUACACGUGUACUCCUUGCGCGCCAGGUUGUGCUGUUUGCAUAGAUUCGUCGCCUUGUCUGUUCACGAGAAACAUUGCAAUGAAAGUGAUAAUUCUUGUGCUGACAAUAAUCGUCAUAUUCCUGAUUCUUUUAGUAUCAGCUUCGGUAUACCGUUUGAGAGAGAAUAAGGUAAUGAAGAGUGGGAGUCCUAUAUUUCUCCUUUUGAUGUGCAUUGGAGGUAUCUUAAUGUGUCUGCAGAUGUUUGUGAUGUUUCCUGACGCCAAUGACAUAUUAUGUACGAUCCUACCAUGGCUAUAUCAUUUAGGAUUUUUUCUGAUGUAUGGGGCACUCCUCUUAAAGACAUGGAGAAUAUCUGUGAUUUUUCGACGAGGACAGCUUAAAAAAGUACAUAUAACUGAUAAAACCUUAUUACGUCACAUGGGGGUGAUCCUUGCAGCUGUAAUAGGGUAUUUGGUGGCAUGGACUGCAGCCAAUGACGAAACUUCAAAAGUCGUGAAAACUUCCUCAGGAUUAAAGUUUGUGAUGUGCACAGACAAUUGGUGGUCGUAUUCCGCGUAUGGAAUGGAAGUUCUAAUGUUGUUGUUCGGAGUAUACUUAUGUUUCACGGUACACAAAGCCCCGGCAUCCUUUAACGAAAGUAAGCACAUUUCAUGGUCCAUUUACAACGCCAUCAUCGUCAGUACCUUCAUCUUGAUCGUCAAUUACUUUACUGCUGAAUCAGUAGGACCAGAUUUGAUAUACGCCAUGGUCUUUCUGAAUUGUCAAGUUGUUGUGACAACGACAAUAGCGAUGAUAUUUCUACCAAAGUUUUAUGCCGUUCAUAUGAAAGUAGAGGUUAAGCGAAGGGACAGUUUAAAAACUAUUACAGGUAGGAUGAAAACCUAUACCAGCAGUGGCCAACAUCGCUCUAUAGCUGUCCAAACGAUGAUUACAGGGGAGGAAACGGAGAACACGAGUAUUAGGAAGAGAGAGCAAAAGGAGAGUAAGCCAGCAGAUGAUUUAGUAAAUGGAAAAUUUGAGAAGUUUGUGCCCUUUGUGUAUAUUCAAGGCAGUGUUGAGCGCAAAGAACCAUGAGGGAAACCCUGUGUAUACAUCGAGCAAAUCCGAAAAUGGAGCAUGAAGUGAUAAUGUUAUUAGAAUUGAACAAUUUACUCUUGAUUAUCUUAUUUUUGGUCUGUAUUCUACCAGUUCCCGAAGAGACUUUCUGAUAAUAAUUAAUUAUUCUAAACAAUAUUCUCGAAUCAUUUGACAAAAUUUCAUGCUUGAUAUCUUGUAAUUCUGUUUAUAUCUUGUAAUAUUUUUCGAUCAUAUAUGUCACUAAUUUUUAUAUUUAUCAAUGAAUUAACUAUUUUUAUCUUUAAAAAAAGCUUGAAUAUGUGCAUAUUUAAAAAAAAAAAAACCCACAAAUUUCGCAGAAUUCAUAAUCUGCAGCAUGCAAACCAAA